AAACAGCCUAUAUCCAAAGCUUUAUUCGUUUCUUUGUAAUACGCAAAGUAGAAAACGGCCUAUAUCCGUUCCCGCCAAUUUCAGUCGGCAAAAUGCGUAAAUCCCAGAACGUGUAAUAACGCUUACGGUGAACACGUGCAUCUGCGAAUUUACAGCUUGGUGCAAGUGAUAGUUGAAUCUAUAUUUCCAUAAAGGGCUUUUGAAAGAUUAUGGCGAGACGAAUUGACAGAAUCUUCGAUGCGUUGAAGUCUACUACCAGCUAUGAACCAGUAAAUGAAAAAAAUAAUAACUACGACCUAUCGAAGGCUAUUCAGGAUGCUGAAAUAAUAUUUUCAGACGCUGCUGGCGAAGACUACAGUGCUGUUGGAAAUGUGGAUUCAGUAGAAGCGCAAAGUGCUAGCGAGUGCAAUAGUGAAUUUGUAGACGCACAAAUUAGCGAUUUUGUAGUUGAUGGAGAAGUCAGAAUGAUGAUGGAAGACGCAAGUGAUGAAGCUGUGGCUCCAAUUCAGUUGAGUAUUGUUGAAAUUGGCCAACGUGAUUCCAUUUUCGAUGAAAUACCUUCCUGUUCAGGAGUACAAUCCACUAUUAUUGAAAAUCUAACUGUAGAAGAUUGUGAGAGCUCCGACUUAGAUGAGUCUGAUCAUACGCCUUGUACUAAACUAUCGGAUAAGAUAUUAGAAGACGAAGGACCCCGUCGGAAGCGUUCAACAAAACCCGGAAGAUCUGCUGGUGCACCAUUGGUAAACGAUAUUAGAGCAUUGAGAUACUCUCAUGAGGGAGUGUUUUUCAAACUCAAUCACUCUGAUCAAAAAUGGCAAAUUCUUCCAGUCAGGCUAAACACAAAGACUAACAACGCCACCAAUGAUGCAAACGACUUACCCAAACUCUAUAGAAAUAGGAUAAAAAUUAAGGCAGAAAAGUAUAAACACCUUCAAAGUCUAAAGGCAACCAUGGAAGUCGAUUAUCAUGCCUUCUAUGAUAAUUUACCCCAUGAUUGAAUAAAUCGUAGAUAAGCACAAUCCGAUUUUGUUUUACUUUUAUGAAUACAUGUGUUUUCUUCCUUAAGCCGCUCUAUUAAGCACAAUCUGAAUUAUGUUUAUAUUUUUAUGAAUAAAAAUUGUAUUUUUCCUGAGUAGCUUCAUUUGUUACUGUUCAAAUAUCCCAUAUGAGGAACCCCUAUCUCCAGGUUUUUGGCUGAAUAUAAAAAAGAAAACUGCCUAUCUCCUUUUUUUUAUCAUAGUAAAUGAUCUAUGCUAAAAUAUUGUCCAAGCAUAUAGUUUUUAGCUGCUACAAGACACUUUCUGAUCGUUUAACACAGUCAUUCUUGUGAAAAAUACUACAGUUCAAUCUGAUGACGUUUUUUGUGUCUCCUGUAAAAUUUAUAGAAACGGAGAUACGCAUUUUGCCGAUUAAGCCGACGAUAUUUUGUCAUUUUGUCAGUUAACAAC